AACCUUUCUCGCGUUUAGGUGCAGUUGAAACCGGGAACCAAUUUCGUAGCACAAUCUGGAACAGUCAACAUGGCGGCGGCCAUAAGGCACCUCCGUAGAGUCUUGAUACAUCAUCAAAGGCAUAGUCUUUGCAAGAUGGCUUACCAGACAUCUCUUUACCCUUGUUCUGUAAACAGUCUCUUGCCCAACAGACAUUUUGCUGCUGCUGCUACAAAGCCUGCAAGAAAAAUUAAAAAAGGUACCAAGGAAAAGACAUCAGAUAAAAAACCAGUAGAUGAUAUAGAGAAAAUAAAGUCAUAUCCGUACAUGGCAAGUGAUCCUGAAGACGAUGUCUACUUAAAACGCUUGUACCCACGGCGGAUCUAUGAAGUAGAGACAGCUGUUCACUUACUUAAGAAGUUUCAAGUGCUGGACUUCACCAAUCCAAAGCAAGGUGUUUUUCUUGACUUAACAUUAGAUAUGGCAUUGGGAAAAAAGAAAAAAUUGGAGCCAUUUGCCAGUGUUAUUGCUUUCCCACACCCUUUCUUGGCAGACGUCAACAAAGUUGCUGUCUUUACAGGGAAUGCAUCAGAAAUUAAAAUAGCAGAAGAAAACGGAGCUGCAUUUGCAGGAGGCACAGAUCUGGUUACCAAGAUCUUGGAUGACGAGGUUGUCGUGGACUUUUAUGUAGCUGUCCCAGAAAUAAUGGGUGAACUUAACCCUUUAAAGAAGAAACUGAAAAAAAGAUUCCCAAAGGCUACUAGAAAUUCCGUUGGCCGUGACAUCCCCAAAAUGCUUGAAUUAUUUAAAACUGCACAGGAAAUUAUGGUAGAUGAAGAAAGGCAGAACUUUCUCAGCACCAGAAUAGCAACAUUGGAUAUGCCAAGUGACCAGAUAGCUGCCAAUCUGCAGGCGGUCAUAAACGAGGUCUGUAGGCACAGACCACUGAAUCUGGGUCCGUUUGUGGUACGUGCCUUCCUUCGUAGUUCAACCAGUGAAGGUUUGCUACUGAAGAUUGACUCACUGUUACCCAGAGAAGCUAAAACUGAAGAAGCUGAAACUGAAGAAGCUGAAACGGAAGAAGCUGAAACGGAAGAAGCUGAAACCACAGAAGCUGCCUAGAAGUGUUAUAUUGUGAAAUUAUUAGGGGGAUGUGUAUGUCAAGAAACAACAGAGAUAUCUACAAAACUAUAA